AUGAUUUCAUCUGUUACCAUUCAAAAUUCUAAUUUACGAUUUAUUCGAUCUCACAAAUCUAAGAAUCUAAUUGCAGCAGUUGGCCAAAAAACUGUUGUAAUCUUACAACUUGAGAACAGUAUUUUAAUUUGUAAACAGAGAUAUGUUUCAGAAAAUGUUUAUGAAUAUUAUACCUGUUGCGAUUUUUUAGAUUAUCGCGAUCAUAUUUUUAUUGUGGUAGGAGGGAAGCCUGGCACAAUUACAGUAAUUAAUUUAACACUGGGUGUAUUUUAUAGUUAUAUUGAUACAAAAACAGAAAUUACAUGUAUUAAAGUUUAUAAUAACUUAAUUGUAUCGGGUGGUAAAGAUUGCACAAUACAAGUAUGGGAUUUUAUCUUCAGUAAAAAAAUUAAACAGUUUACUGGACAUAAAGAUAUAGUUUUAUCUUUAGAUGUCAAAGAAAAUACUAUUCUUAGUGCCGGUUUAGAUCAAUCGUGCAUGAUUUGGGAUAUCUGCCAGGAAGAAUCCUAUAAGCCACAGUGUACAAUUAUUAAUUUACAUCGUGAUAUAAUCAUAAAAACAUUAUUUUAUGGCGAGUUGGUCCUAACACUUUCUCAAGAUGGAAAGAUUACGAUUUGUAAACCUAAAUAUAUUAAUAAUUAUAAGUGCUAUUAUAGUGAUGAUAAAACGACAACAAAUAACAGUGAUACUGUUUAUAAUGUGAAUGUAAAUGCUCAUAAAACAGAAUAUAAAUUUAAAGAAAAAAGAAAACUUAAACAUAAUUUUAUUUUUAUCAAAGAGCUGUGUCUUGAAGACACAGUUGAUGUAAAUGUCAUAGAACAUUCUUUAAUAUGCCUAAACAAAUACAAUGGUAUUUUUACAUUAGAUUUAUUAAAAAUUACAGAUAAAAAUUUAGAGGUUAGUAAAAUAGAUACUUCCAAACAGGAAGGAAUAUCAUUUACAACAAACGGAUUAAAAAUAUUUGUUUUGUACGAGGGAAGUCAAAUAAAAGCGUACAAUAUUAAUAAUAAGGAUAUAGAUGUAUUAGAUCUCAUUUAA